GGUCUCGACCUGGAUGUGCUGGCUUUGCUAAUGGUCCACUGUCAAAGCUACCCCACCCAUCCCACGUUAUUGGUGGGAUAUGAGGCGUUAUCUGUGGACCGGCACAACAGAAGAGACUUUCGCUACAAUUCAGUGCCAGCGGCUGUUGCGGCCACCUGCUGCACUACUGCUAAAGAUCAACGCCUCGUGCCACCACCGCGAUGGAAACACAAAGUCUGCUCCCACCUCGCAGCCCAGCCACAGGGCGCACUGCAACCACGAACGACUUCGACAUGGAGCGAAAACCCAUACUUGAAAAGCUUAGGAGUCAAGCAGAGCACUACCAUGAUCAAAUACCCUGGAUCAGGAAGCUUCCAGCCAACGCUGUAGGAAUAAUCCUCCUACUGGUUGUCGUCCAAGUCGUGGUCUGGGUAGCUGUAGGGAUUGUGCUACACUUCCACACAGCACUCAUCUCAACCGCCGUACUAUCCUACACCCUCGGGCUCCGCCAUGCCCUCGACGCCGACCACAUCUCCGCCAUCGACCUUAUGACCCGCCGCCUCGUAGCCUCAGGUCAGAAACCCGUCACAGUCGGCACAUACUUCUCCCUCGGCCACAGCACCAUCGUCAUCGUGACCAGCAUCGUCGUUGCAGCCAGCAGCGCAGCAAUCCAAAAACGCUUCGAUGGCUUCAGUACCGUAGGUUCCAUCAUCGGUUCCUCCGUCUCCGCCGCUUUCCUCAUCAUCCUCGGAACAAUGAACUGCUGGAUCCUCUACAAACUCUACCAACAACUCCAACGAGCCAUUGCGUCUCCCAUCGGCGAGGAAUCCCUCGAUUUCAGCUUCGAAGGCGGUGGCUGCAUGACCAUGCUCCUCCGCCGAACCUUCAAACUUGUCGAUCGCCCUUGGAAAAUGUACCCUUUGGGAGUGCUCUUUGGUCUCGGUUUCGAUACUUCAUCCGAAAUCGCCCUCCUCGGAAUCAGCAGUAUCCAAGCCGCGCAAGGGACUUCUAUCUGGUUAAUUCUCAUCUUCCCCAUUCUCUUCACAUCCGGAAUGUGUCUCCUUGAUACCUUCGACGGAGCGGCUAUGAUGUCUCUGUACACUUCUGCUCGACUUGCCAAAGACGCCAUCGCGGUCUUGUACUACCAAUGCGUUUUGACAGCCAUCACGGUCGCUGUCGCGAUAAGUAUUGGUGUCAUUCAACUCCUCACGAUGAUCCACAAUGUCCGACCGGAUUUCGAAGGACCCUUUUGGGAUGGAGUGGAUGUAGCGGGAGAGCAUUAUGAUGUUAUUGGAGGAGCGAUUUGCGGAAGUUUCGUCGUUUUUGGUUUGCUAUCUGUUCUGUUGUACAAGCCUUGGAGACGGAGUGUCGAUAGGAAGAGGUUGGCUACGGUGAACGCCGAUGACGGCGAUGGUGAGCUACAGUCACAGAUUUUGGAUGAGGGCAAUGCGGAGAAUGAGAAUGGGUGGCGUGAUGAUAGGGGGAAGAGCGAUGGUGUGAGAACGGCAGUGCAGCCUGUUGGCGAGAGCUCGAGAAGUUAGAUGUGGUGCACAAAAUCGAAUAAUGGCAUGUCUGGGCAUUCGACCAUCUUCUCCGAUUUCCGAAUGUGGUAAUUGCUACUCCAGUGCACGUGGUAAUGGGAUUGACCAGGACAAGAUGGCACUAAAUAUGUAAGUCAGAUCAGGGUCUUCGGCUCCUGGGGGUAGUUAGAUGGGAGCCUACCGCAGCGUGACAAUGUAAGUGACGAAGACGAGGGAUGCAGACAUGGAAAGAGAACCAAAGACGACAUAUUA